AUGGCCGAGAGCGACUGGGACACGGUGACGGUGCUGCGCAAGAAGGGGCCCACGGCCGCGCAGGCCCAGUCCGAGCAGGGCAUCUUAGCAGCUCAGAGACAGGGAGAAGAUGUGGAGACAUCCAAGAAACGGGCUGCUGGCCAGAAUAAGCAGCACUCCACCACCAAGAACACUAAGCUGGACGGAGAGACGGAGGAGCUGCACCACGACCGGGUGACCCUGGAGGUGGGCAAGGUGACCCAGCAGGGCCGGCAGAGCAAGGGGCUAACCCAGCAGGACCUGGCCACGAAAAUCAAUGAGAAGCCGCAGGUCAUCACUGACUAUGAGAGUGUGCAGGCCAUUCCCAAUGACCAGGUUCUGGGCAAGAUCGAGAGAGCCAUCGUGCUCAAGCUCCAGGGGAAGGACAUCAGGAAGCCCAAGGAGAAGGGGCCAAAGGCGAAAUGA